AUGGCGGACCGGCGGCGGCAGCGCGCCUCGCAGGACAGCGAGGACGGCGACGGCUCGGCCGCCUCCGACAGCGCCGCGUCCGCGCCGGGCUCCCCGCCGGGCUCCCCGCGCUCCCGCUCGGCCUCCGGGUCGCGCUCGCCGGUCGCGCUCCCGGUCCGGCUCGCCGAGGCCGCCGCACCGCGCCGGGGAGCCUGGGAGCCGGGCCGCAGGGGCCGCGGGGCGGAGAGCGCCGGCAGGGCGGGGAAGAGCGCGGCCGAGUCGGAGUGUGAAAGCGAGGAUGGCAUCGAAGGAGAUGCUGUGCUCUCAGACUAUGAAAGCGCCGAGGACUCGGAGGCGGAGGAGGAGGAUUACAGCGAGGAAGAAAGCUCCAAGGUGGACCUGAAGCAGGACAGCACAGAUUCCUGCGAGUCAGCAGCCAGAGCAGAGAAGGGCAGCGAGAAGCUGGACGCCAAGGGAGCGGUGACGGGCGAGCGGCAGAGCGGGGACGGGCAGGAGAGCACGGAGCCCGUGGAGAAGAAGGUUGGGAAGAAGGUCCCCAAGCACCUGGACGACGACGAGGAUCGGAAGAACCCCGCGUACAUCCCGCGCAAGGGGCUCUUCUUCGAGCACGACCUGCGAGGGCAGACGCAGGAGGAGGAGGUCAGGCCAAAGGGCCGUCAGCGGAAGCUGUGGAAGGACGAGGGGCGCUGGGAACACGACAAAUUCCGGGAGGACGAGCAGGCCCCCAAGACCAGGCAGGAGCUGAUUGCUCUGUAUGGAUAUGACAUCCGCUCAGCCCACAACCCCGAUGACAUCAAGCCCAGGAGGAUGCGCAAACCACGCUUUGGGAGUCCCCCCCAGCGAGACCCCAACUGGUCCAACGAGAGGCCCCCAAAGCCCCCGAGGCACCAGGGGGCCAAGAGCCCCUCGGCCCCCCCACGCCCCUUCAGCGGCCGCAGCUCCACCAGCACGGGCAGGAUGCCCCCCCCCAGGAACUACCCCAGGAUGGGGGGCUACAAGGAGAGCCGUCCGGGCUACCGGGCUUCGGAAGCGGGUGUCCCGCACAGGAACGGGGAGCAAGCCAAGCAGGAGAGCGGCUACCGCGGGAAACGGGCGGAGCAGAGCCCGCCGAGGGACACGUCCCCCGAGCUGGAGGUGCCACACAUCCACGGCAGCCCCGGGAAGGAGGAGGGGGCUCUGGAAAACCAAGCCGUGGCUGCUGACGCCGUGCAGCCGCCGCCAGACAGACCAGUGGAGAAGAAAUCCUAUUCCCGGGCGAGGAGGACCAGAGUGAAGGCUGGGGACGCGGGGAAGCUGUCGGAGGAGGCGCCCGCUUCCGAGGGGCUGGCUCCCGUCAUUCCAAAACCCACCCCUGCAGAGACCUCCCCCCCAGCAGCCAAGAGCAACUGGGAGUCGCCAGUGGAAUCCAGCGUGGAUGGACUCGAGCAGGAGAUGACCCAGAUGAACCUGACGGAGCAGAACUGGACCCCGGGGCAGUCCCAGUUCAUCCCGCCUCGGGAGAUGAGGGGUAUUCCCAACCAUAUGCACGUGGGAACUGGGCCACCACCGCAGUUCAACCGGAUGGAGGAGAUGGCGGUGCCGGGGGGCCGUGUCAAGCGUUACUCUUCGCAGCGCCAGAGACCCCCCGUGCCGGAGCCCGCGCCCCCCAUGCACAUCAGCAUCAUGGAAGGGCACUACUAUGACCCACUACAAUUCCAGGGACCAAUCUACACCCACGGGGAGAACCCGGCCCCGCUGCCGCCCCAAGGGAUGAUCGUGCAGCCGGAGAUGCACCUCCCUCAUCCAGGUUUACACCCCCACCAGACGCCCCCCGCCAUGGCAAACCCCGGCCUGUACCCCCCGCCGGUGUCCAUGCCCCCGGGCCAGCCCCCGCCGCAGCAGCUGCUCACUCCGACCUACUUCUCCGCCCCUGGAGUGAUGAAUUUUGGGAAUCCUGGCUACCCUUACCCCCCCGGAGCUCUGCCCCCUCCGCCCCCUCCGCACCUCUAUCCCAACACGCAGGCGCAGUCCCAGGUGUAUGGAGGGGUCACCUACUACAACACUGUCCAGCAGCAGGUGCAGCCCAAGCCCUCCCCACCCCGCCGGACAUCCCAGCCCGUGACCAUCAAACCACCCCCUCCAGAGGACAGCAAAGGUGAAAAAUCAAAGGAGAGGAGCAACACGUAGGGAUGUGGCCACGGGAAUCCCAGCACCAGACUCGACACCUCGGCGAGGAGGAAGCUGCUCCUCGGAAUGGCUCCUUCCCUGCGCGGAGGUGAGGCAGCGGGAUGAGACACCUGCACCUGCUCAGGGCCAGGCGCUUCCCCCAUGGUCUGAGCGGUGCCUUCCCGAAAUCCAUCCCACUGCUGCCCAACCCCUCCUCCCCAGCGCUGGGGCCGCCGAAGAACCAGCCCCCGAGUCGGUCCUUGGCCACAGGUUGUUCUCCCAGUUUCUCCCGGUUACUAAAUGUUCCCCGCUCCCUCCCAGGAUGUCAAACUCCGCUGGCUUGAUCGUGGUCUGUUUUUAUUUAAGGAAUGAAGCAGCUCCUUCAUUAAAGCUGAUUUGUUUCUUUUGGGUA